GCAUUGAUCAGCUCAAACCAACACGUCGAAUUGCUCCCCAGACAUGAACUGGAUCAUCAGCUUCAUCGUCUUCCUCACGCCGUUUGCGGCGGGGAGCUUUCAAGCAAGCGCCGACCGGCGCGCCAGCAGCGCAGUGAACAUCACUGUGACCAGCGCGGGCUUCAAUUCCGGGAGUUUUGCUACUUUUGAGGUCAAUGGAGAAACCUUGCCCCUGACCAGUGGACGGGGCUUGAACGUUGUGGUGCUCGAGAAGACGGGGGUGAUGCAGGACUUCCGCGUUUUCGACACCUACACCAGCACAAGCGAAUCUGCAGCGUUUGCCACCUUCAUGAACGGCUUGCCAGACGGCACUUUGGUGGCAAUCGCAGUGAGGAGUGACGCGUCUUCAGCUUUGACAACAGAAGCCAAACAUGCCGUUGCUGCCUGUGGUGGCACACAGUUCGGGGAUCUUGGGUUCCAAGACUCCUGGGCUCUCGUUUGUCUCAAAGGCGGCUCCUCAUUGUCAGAAGGAUUUCAGCUGCGUGAUGCUGGUCCCGUCGUGACCACAGCACUGUACGCUCCUGAAAUUGCUGCUUUGCAGGGCGCAUCUAUCAGCCUCACUGUGACCAGCGCGGGCUUCAAGGCCGGGAGUUUUGCUACUUUUGAGGUCAAUGGAGAAACCUUGCCCCUGACCACUGGACGGGGCUUGAACGUUGUGGUGCUCGAGAAGACGGGGGUGAUGCAGGACUUCCGCGUUUUCGACACCUACACCAGCGCAAGCGAAUCUGCAGCGUUUGCCACCUUCAUGAACGGCUUGGCAGACGGCACUUUGGUGGCAAUCGCAGUGCGGAGUGACGCGUCGGCAGCUUUGACAACAGAAGCCAAAGAUGCUGUUGCUGCCUGUGGUGGCACACAGUUCGGGGAUCUUGGGUUCCAAGACUCCUGGGCUCUCGUUUGUCUCACAGGCGGGCCGUCUGUGGCAGAGGCAUACCGGCAGAACGAUGCUGGUCCUGCGGCGGUGUCAUACACCUCAAGCGCCACUGCCACGACGAGCCUUGACGCCGAGACAACGAGCGCCGCCACGAGCCCUGCCACCACGACUUCUGCCGCCGGCACAGGUGCGACGACGACGACAACGACCUUGGCCCCCUGCGGUCUCUUCCUUUGUCCCGUGGGUUCCGUGCUUGAUCCCGAGCUGCUGUCAUCCCCUGGCAGCGACGCCGACGCCUGCUGCACAGCCAACGACGAAUCCGUGGACGUUGGAGUACAAAGCGCAGGCUAUGACGACGGGAACCAGGCUGUGUUCUUCGCUGCUGGGACUUCCGUGUUCGCCGCACGCUCGCGCGGCAUCACGGUGGUUGUGCUCCAGGCAGAUCUUCGGGCAAAAAGCUACAACACGUUCGACACCCUCACCGAGGAAGGUUCCGAUGAGUUGGAGGCGUUCUUGAACGCAUUGGAGCCAUCAUCGGACCUGAUUCUGAUGGGUGUUCGGGACGAGGGAAGCAUCAAGCUGUCUGCGGGUGCCAAGGCUGCGAUCAAGAGCUGCGGUGGAACCAUGAUCGACUCUCUUGGUUUCCGUGAUGCUUAUGCCCUGAUCGGGCGCAAGAAUGGUACUGCUCUCGCCGAGGCCUGGCAGAAGCGCUCCAGCGGCUUCGCGGUGGCGGUGACGCGGCGUCCUGCCAUCAAGGCCGACACCUCCGCCGUGCCCAUUUGCGACGCCAAGGUGGCUGCCCCGCCCAUGCGUGGAACCUUCCCCCAGAACCAACUGCAGCUGGACGCUGGAUGCCGUUACGCUCUUUGGGAGACCCCCGGCGCGCUGGGCUGCCUGCAGGGAAGGUGGGUGGUGCACAUCGGCACCUCCAACACCAUCUUGUGGUGGAUCCAAUUCGCGAAUUUCCUGCACCCGGGGGCCAUCCGCCCCAUUCGCGACGACGUGUCCUUGGGCCAGUUCCGCUUGGCAGAUUUGGUCAUCGACCAGGGGGUGAUCACCUACCAGAAGGCCGAGAUGCCCGAGGACUGCCUUCCCAAGGUGAAGCACGACUCGGAGGUCUGCAAAGCGGCCAAGGCUGCUCUGCUUUCUGCGCCCAGCUACUCCCCUACGGCCGUGCGCCUGACGCUCAUCAUCGAGCAUUACUGGCCCAACACCGGUUCCGACCUCGACUUGCUGCAGGCGGCCUCGUCUGGUGCUUGGGGUGGGAAAAUGGCGGUGAACGCGCACGUGGUGACCCACUACGUCUACUGCAUGGUGAUGAAGGACAGAAGCUGCACCAUGGCGGCUUACAAGCAGGAUGUCACCCAGGAGGAAAACUUGGGAAUCUUCCGGGCGGAGAUGGAGCCCGUGGCAGACAAGCUUCAGGCGCACUGCGGUCCCGAAGCCGCCUUCAAGGAUUGCACGGUGGCCACCGCCACGGUGCUGGCCUGGCAGGAUCCGCGCUACAACGACUUUCAGGACGUGAUCCGCGACGUCAUGGCCAGCCGUGGGUCCCGGGACCUGCGGCUCUUGGAUCUGGCACUUAUGGGCCAGUCGAUGCCCGGUGAGGCGAUCCGUGGCCACGGGUCCCCGGUGAACUUCCUUUGGGCCGUGCAGAUCCUGCUGAACGGCAUGUGCCCCUUGGACCUGGCGGCCUCCGGGAACUUCGCCAAGUUCGAGGGGCCCACGUGCCACGCCACCGACGUGGCCAACGAUCCCAACUUCGACAACUGCCCGGAGUACCGAGACCAGGCCUGCGGUCCAGACAAGACCCACCACUGGUGCAUGGAUUGGGAAUGCGCCGCGGACGUGCCGUGCAAGAUGGUGGCCACUGGGGGAAGCAUCGUCCAGGCGAACUUGACCGGCGCUUGCUUCCGGAACCUUUCGGUGAGCUUCGAGGAGCAAACCGCCUCCAGCGAUGCGUGCUUCCGCGUUUGGUGCCUAGAGGCGGCUGAAGUGCCCAUUACUCUGGUGGCCUUACUGCCCGCGCUCUUCCUGCUGGCGUGGAUGUGGCAGUGGCCCCAGCGCUUGCGGCGAUGCUGCAAGGCCAAGCAGGAACCCAAGGAGGAGCCGGUGGAGGAAGUGCUAGAGCAGCCCGUGGAGGAAGAGGCGUCCGACUCCAAGUUCGCCUCAGUGACAGAGGCAACUCUGAACAAGUCCGCCACGGCUCCGGUGGACGUUUCUCCGCGCUCCAAGCCGGAUAUGGAUCGAGCCGUCACCGUCCACUUGGGAGGAGGAGUCAUGGAUGAAGUUGUGCCAGAUGAACAAGCCGCAGAUGCUGGUGAGAUCCACGCAGUGAUGGCAGAGCCCUCAGCGGCCAAGCCGGCACCAAAGACACCUCCCAAGGCUGGUGACAAGUUCCCUUUGGGCCUUGCACGCUUCAUUGCGGCCGUGCAUGUGGUUCUGUUCCACCUGUAUGCUGAAGGGGUGACUCCAGAUGUCUACCUCUUCGGCUGGGGCUUCACCUGGGUGCCGUGGUUCUUCAUGCUCUCGGGCUUCGUGUUGGGCAACGGCCACGAGUGCCGGCCCAACAAGGAUGGCAUUUUGCAAUACACGGAACGGCGCCUGGUGACGGUCUACCCGCUGUACGCCUCGACCUUGUUGCCCGCCCUGGUCAUCGCCAAAGGCCUCGGAGUGCAGAAGAAGGCGGUGGUCCUGGCAGCGCAGACCUGGCUGCUGCAGGCCUGGAAUCCGGAGUGGCCGGAGCAUGCCUUGGGUGCUCACUGCUGGUUUUUGUCCGCCAUGCUCAUGCACUUCUUGCUCUUCAAGCCCUUGACCUGGUGCUUUGACAGGCUGGCCUUGCGUGGCGCCGUGCUCACCGUGUGCGCGGUGUUUGCCUUGCCAUGGCUGGCGGUGAUCAUCCCGGAAGCACUCCAAGCGCGCUUGUGGUAUGCUGACCAUCACUGGGGCGAGACUGACAGCACCAUAGACCUGGUGGUGAUCUUCGUGAAGUUCAAUCCCAUUUGCUAUGUGCACAUCUUCGCCCUAGGCAUGCUCAUGGCAAAGAUCCGGAAGCUGGUGGAUGGCAAUGUGGGCGGCCUUUGGUGCCGCGUCGUGCUGGAGUCCUUGCUGCCGGCCAGCAUCGUUGGCCUGCUGCUGGUAUUCAUGGUGAAGGAUUUGCGGCCCUGGGGCUAUCAGAUCACCACGCAGGUGGGUCUGCUGCUGCCGCUGCAAGCCACGGUGAUCUUGGGCUUGGCAGGCCUGCCCAGCCUGCCGUUGCCCUACCUGGCGCAGAAGGCAUCGCACUUGGACUUCCUGGAGCCCUACGCCUUCUCCUACUACCUCUUCCAGGGCUUGGCCUACAGCCUGUGGCCAAGAGGUGGGUAUUUGGGCGGCUCCACGGUGCUCUUCCUGCUCUUCCUCUUCGGGAUCUCCGUGAUCAGCGUGCACAUGAUCCAGAAGCCGGCGCAGAGCCUCUGGACGAAGUACCCCAACUCCCGGCGCGGCGUCCCGGUGCUGCUGACCCUGCUGCUGGUGGGCUUGAACUACAUCCCCGCCGCAGGCCCAGGCGCGUUCACAGGCCUCGAGGCCGAAGUGAGGCACGACGCCGAGAUGGUGGACGUCCGGUUGCCGCUCACAGAUCCCGCAGAUGACUUGGGCGGAGUGCUGAUCAACCCGUCCCUCUUUAUCCACGAGGGCGAGGUGAAGAUCGCGGUGCGACGCCAUCACCUCGAGAGCUGGGAACACAUCGGGGAGCACAACGGCUCGGUGGUUCACGUGAUCGAGCAGAUUUGGCACUCCCGGAUCCUGCUGGGCAGCGUGAGUUUUGACGCCGGGCGCUGGGCCGAGUGGCCGAAGACGGGAGUUGCGCCCUUCGCAGCCAGCGAGGUGUCGGCCUGGACGGGCCUGCGCAGCCCCAGUGGGCAAGCCUGGCGGCAGCUCUGCGUGAGGGAGACCUUUCUGCCGGAGAACAACACGCUGCUGCGGAAGGUGACCACGGGGCCGGAGGACCCCAAGCUCUUGUACUCCGACGGCCUGGCGGUGCUCUUCAACUCCAUCCCUCCCCGCGGCAGGGACGGCUGCGCUCCCGCGGAGACGGUGAGCCAGAUGUACCUGGCGCAUCUGGGCGCCGGCGCCUCUCCCGCGGUGGAGACCACCGGGCAGCGCUUGGGCUGCGGCUUUCGGGACCAGGAUGAGAAGAAUUGGAUUCCCUUCGCCUAUCAGGGGAAGCUCCACCUCAUCUACACCCCUGGGCCGCACAAGGUGGUUGCCGUGGACUCCGAGGGGUGCCGAGAUCUCUAUGAGACCGCCUUCGAGCCGCUGAAGCGGCUUCAAGAGCGGCACCCGGAGUUGAAGGCGCGAGGCUCCGGUCAGGCGGUGCUUGUGAACGGCACUCACACGCCCAACCUGCCCUACCCGCACUACCUGGCCUUGUUGCACCUGGCCAAGCCCAGCACGGGAGAAUACAAGCACUUUGCUUACCGCUUCAGUGCGGAGCCGCCCUUUGCCAUGCUGCAAAUCUCCAGCGAGCUCCCGCUCCAGACCGCCGCCCCGGCCCGCGGCGGCGCUGUCUUCGCCUUUGGGAGCGGUCUGCUCCUCCAAGACGAGACAGUGGUUAUCUCGUAUGGCGCUGGGGAUUUGGAGCCAAGAGCUCUGGUAAUGAACCUGCAGCGCUUGGAUGACAUGUUUGGCUGCUGAUCAUUUUUUAUGCGCUGUCUCACUCGAGACAAUAAUUAAGAUCCUCAUGAGAGUAUAGCUCCAGGGGCAAGACCCUAUGGCAUCGCAGUAAUUAGACUGUAUGCCAAUUUGGCACGCCUCAUUGUUGUGGAAACUUGGGGUCACUUCUGUGAUUC